AUGGACCUGUCCUACAGAUCCACCAUCUCCAUCUAUAAGAGCAUCCUGGAGCAGUUUAACCCUGCACUGGAGAACCUGGUGUACCUGGGGAACAACUACUUGCGUGCCUUCCAUGCAUUAUCCAAAGCAGCUGAAGUCUACUUUAAGGCAGUCGAAAAGAUUGGGGAGCGAGCAUUGCAGAGCUCUACCUCUCAUGUGCUGGGUGAAAUCCUGAUGCAGAUGUCUGACACACAGAGGCUCCUGAGCUCUGAUUUAGAAGUUGUGGCUCAGACGUUCCAUGUGGACCUACUGCAGCACAUGGAGAAGAACUCCAAAAUGGAUGUGCAGUUCAUCAGUGAGAGCCAGAAGCAGUAUGAGCUGGAGUACCGGCGCAAAGCCAACAACCUGGAGAAGUGCACAGCAGAGCUCUGGAGGAUGGAGAGGGCCCGUGAUAAAAAUGUCCGGGAGAUGAAGGAAAACGUGAUGCGGCUGCGCUCGGAGAUGCAGGCAUUCCUUUCCAACAGCCAGCGGGAGGCUGAGCUGGAGGAGAAACGCCGGUACCGCUUCCUGGCUGAAAAGCACCAGAUGCUCUACAACACUCUCCUCCAGUUCUACAGCAGGGCCCGAGGCAUGAUCCAGACUAAGGCACCACAGUGGAAGGAGCAGUUGGAGGCCAGCCGCAACCCCUCCAACAGCCAUGUGCAGGGCCUGCUCACCAGCUCCCAUGGCCAGGGCUAUCCAUCGGGCCGGCUCACGCCUACCCACCUGGAGACGAGACCCCUUGGAGACUUUGCUUCUUCUAUGGCUGGGAGUAGGUCCAGCAUCUUUUCUCAGGAACCACCAGAAAUGAGACUGUCUCCUCAACCAGAGGUCCCCAGGCGACCACUGCAGAGGACACCAUCAGCCAGUUUGCUCCCUGCUGGCCGUGUCUCCCGCUCUGGUUCCUUUGGUGAGGCCAGCAGCAGCAGUGAAGGCAGGCGGAGGAGCGGCACAGUGAGAGUGCAGGCUAUCGCACCCCACACGAUAGGGGCCAACCGGACCCUGCUGCGCUUUGAUCCUGGGGAUGUCAUCACAGUGCUGAUGCCAGAGGCGCAGAACGGCUGGCUGUACGGCAAGCUGGAGGGCUCAUCCGCAUGUGGCUGGUUCCCUGAAGCUUAUGUCAAGCCUCUGGAGGAUGCAAGGGAUACGGAGGAGCCACCUGUCAGAUCUUUCCCACUCCGGAGCAGUCACAGUAUGGAUGACAUCUUGGACCAUCCCAGCGUUUCUUCCUCUAGCUGGUCUGCUGCUGCCCAAGCUGCUGUGCCAAACCCACCUCCUGCACCAGUGGGUGCCAGCAGUCACCAGAGUGGGACGGUGACAUCAGGUAGUUCGAAGAAACCAGGAGUAUUAGACCAGCCACCUGAACUCUUCCCAAGAGGUACCAACCCCUUUGCUACAGUCAAGCUACGUCCCACAGUCACCAACGAUCGCUCUGCACCCAUUAUUCGAUGAAGUGGUGCUGCAGGGAAGAGGAAGGCAUAGGAGUGACGGGCUGCGACCCCUAUUGGGCAGUGACCUCAUGCUACCGCUCACAGAGUGACCUCUCUCUAUCCCUCCCUUCCCUCUGGGACAUGGCGAUCUGUCUCAUGGCUGUCUGGCAUGCUGCAGCCAACAGCAAGCCCUCUUUGGAUUGCCCUCCACCCGUGUGAUGUUAUCGUGCUUGAGUGGGAGAAGCCUGGUGAUGGUGGCAUGGGGGGUGGGAGGGGGAUUCUGAUGGUCUGGGAGAAGGACACUUGCCAGAUUUUGCUGUUGGAAAAAUGAACCCCAGAGGGACGUGGCUGCCACAAAGCUGCCAGUGAUGUGGCUUGGCUGAAGGGCUCUUGGCCCCUUUGGCAGGCAUGUUUGUUUCAGUCCCUCCUCACCACCAGCUGACCCCUUCCCUGGCCAGUCAGCUCCUGGGCACAGGGAAGGAGGUGAUGGAGCCCAGUGUCGCUGUCCUACUCUUCCACCAGUUGUCCUGUGGAGAAAGCAUUUUGAAAUAAAACAGACAAUGCUGCUUCCAUAGCUGUUCCAGCAGCCAGGCCUCUGCUGUGCUCAGAGGGCAUGGAGAGGAGGACGUGGCUCCUCUAACAGCCCGGGGAUGGGGGGCUGCUUGACCCUCUGCCAGGCCCCACCAGCCAGCCGUGGCUCUGCUGUCACUGGAGGGCAGCACAACCCUGCUUCCUGGUCCCCACAGCGCCUGGUAGGCCUCAGGCUGGAGGAUAAAGCCUGGCGGCCAUCUUCUCACCCACCACCAGGCCCAGCCUUCCUGGCCCUGUUACCAGGCUGCCCUCCCUCCCAGGAAGGGAGCACAAGCAGCAGCCCAGGCCUGAGCCGAUUAGCCUUAUUAAUAGAAAUUAAACCCCAGCUGUGAGCGCUGCCAAGACCUGCGGGCCCCACAUGUGCCUCCUUCCCCACUGAUGGGGCACAGGGACUAAGAGGCUCGGGAGGAUUAAUGUGUGGGCCCCAAAACCCUGGCCCCAGAGCCUGCAGAGGAAUGGGCUCCCCCACGUGUGGCUGGGAACCAUGGAGGCAAUUGAAUGGCAGCCAUGUAGGAGUUUUGUUUUGGGGGGGGCUGCUGAGGGUGGGAUGGAUGUCCCAACAGCUCUUCCAGCCAUGAAGGAUAGCAAUCCCUCAGCUGCUCCACCUCAUCUUCACUCUCUGCUGGGCAUGUGCCCCUUGGCUUUGCCCCAAUCCAGAGCAUGGAGGAGGUAGUGGGCACUUGGGGGCACCCAUCUCCUAUUUUGCUCCUCACUGAAACAUGGAUCUCUGCUAUGUUCUCCCCCUGCACCCAGUCUCCUGCUCAGCCCAUUACAGCAUUCCUCUUCUUCCUCCUUUGUCCCCUCCCGACCUGCCCAGUUCUGCUGGGAGAGUAGUGAGGAGCCCCGUGGCAGGCCAUGGGAUUACUGCAGGAUUCGGGCCGCGACAGGCAGCCUCCUCCUCCCUAUUGGCUGGAAAAGCCUCUUAAAAGUGGAGAAGUGCGUUCUGCACGCUCAGCACCUGCUGGUCUUCAUCAACCUGAAGCCAUAAUCAGCCACUGACCCAAAUCCACGCUGCCUGCAUCCACCCAGACGAGGCAAGGAGGUCCCCUGCGUGGGGCAUCCCUUCUGCGGGUGGUUUUGCAGAGAGUGGCAUUGGAACUGGAGGAAAGCAGGCUGAAAGGGGGAUUAGCUCUGCAGUGAGGACGUGGCUGCCCGUGAAGAAAGUAGUAGGGCAGAAGAGACUCCUGCAGCUGUCACCCUGUGCCCUGCUGACAGCGGGCCCACCAUGGAGCAAAGAACCUGCGGGGCCUUCUGACUGGGCACACUCAUCCAGAGCCAGGGAGUACCAGCUGGACUGAUCUGCUCGGUCUCUGGGGUCCUUGGUGCUCAUCGCUUCAUUGCACAGGUCAGUGAUGCAGAGGGGUGCUCGCAUCUGAGCGCACAUGACAGCUUCUGAAGGCCUGUACUCGUUUCAUUCUUUAGUGAAGGCUUUCCCAUGGUGGUUUUUGUAGGCUACUGGCACCAAUCGUGGCCUUUGCAUUUAUUAAACCCUUCCCAACCUAUCCAUACUCAAUUGAGGAACCAAGAGACAUCCUCAUAUUUGUGUGGAUGCUCCUGGAUGCUGGUAGUGGUGCAGCUUUCCUGGUACAAUGGGUUUUUCUGCAGUGGCCUUCACCUGGUCGGGGUUGGUAACUUCUGGUGCUGGUGCAAGUCUCCUGAGAGGUAGACCUCUCCAGCUGCAGCUAGACCUGUGGCAGUGCUCACUAUGGGCCUACCUGCAUGCGAUGCCCAGGGCAAGUGCUGCUGCCUGUGCUGAUGAGCUUUAACGUGGGGUAUUUUUACCCAUGAAUAAAGCUCCUUAGCUGUGGAGAAAAUAAUAGCAAGCUGUAGUGUAUGCAGAGGCAGGUACAGAGUACAUGGUGUGACCACCGUGUGCAGUGGUGAGCAGAGGAGCCCGCGUGCGCACCGGGGCGUUAUGAUUGAGGCAGCUCUGAACCGCCUGCUCAGAGCUGGGAUAAAGCUCCAGCAGAGCUGUGCUGCAGCACGUUGGCUUGGAGGGAGCUCCACGUGUGAGCUGCUCAGCUGCACCUCAUCUUUGUCGGUCAGCAUCGAGCUGCAGCCAGGUAAAUGCUCUUUCAUACCUUGCUGUAUGGGUGUGUUGUGCUGUGGAAAGGGUUCCUGCAGGUACCCAUCCAGCCCGAGACUCAAGCAGUACCCAUGGAUAUUUGUCUAAUGUGCUCAGAUGCUCUUGAUUCAUCACCAACAGGUGAUGCUCUGGAAAUCCCUGAAAUGAUCCCACAGGUGGACAAAUGUUUUCUUGCUAGGAAAAUGAAAUGCAAAGGGUCUAACUGAUUGAUUAGAUUUGUGGCAGAGGACAGGAGCAAGAAAAGUGAGGCAGCAAGAGGGGCUCAGUGUAUGCUUGGUGGCAGCUGCUCUUAUUUGAGGUGCAGUGGAUGUAUUGGUGGUUGAGGACAGCACUGAUUGAGCCAUUAGUGCACUUUUGCAAUGGGUCAACCUUUGCUUGGCUGUAACCAGGUCAGGCUGGGAGAGGAGCAAGGACAGGAAGGGGCUGAAGCUGAGUUUAGUGGGCAGUACUGAUGGUGAGUGGAUGGUUGGACUAGAUAAUCUUGGAGGUCUUUUCCAACCACAGAUUUGAUGAUUCUAUGGGGCUGUGCUCAGUUUGACUGUGCUGGUGCCAGUGGUCAGAAUACCACCAGAAAGGGGUGAGGGGAAGGUAUGUGUGUCUGUAGAGUGUGUAAUUAACCUUUCCAU